AUGUAUAAACGAACCCUCUUUGUGCUAAGCUUCGCACUUUUGAACUUCAUCGGUGCGGAGAGUAAAAAUGUCGUUUCUUCCUUUUUGUCCUACUUGAACUCCAAAAUAAAUUCGACAAGCGAAAUAUCGAAAGUGGUCCAAAUGGGCGACACCAUGGCGUGUCUAGUUAGUAAAGAAAAUAAUAACACGCAUAACGAAUGCUCUUGUUCGUUUAAAAAGCUGAAAGAAUUUGAAAAAAAAUGUUCUUCCAAUUUUAAAAAAAAUCAAGAAGACGCUAAAAAAUGCUCUGAAGAACCUUGUGAAAUUUGUUGUAGUUUAAUGAAUUCAAACCAUGUAGCAAAUUCUAUCCUGGACUAUGAAUUUUUUUGCAAAAAAAAGUGUGCACGAUCGAGCAUUAUUUCAAAUUUGAAUGAAGAUGAUUAUAAAAUAGUUUNUAAAAAGUUAAUUGAAUUUAUUCGUAUUUUUUAUCCUUCCAAUGUGCUUAAUUAUUACCCCAUUCGGAAAAGGGCCUCCGCGAAUUACACGAAUAAACCACUGGACGCAAGUAUCACAUUGGAAAAUGAUUUUUUCAAAUCGCCAUCUUUUGCGAAGCGGCAGUUUGGGCACAUGGAAAAAUUGUCUCCAAAAUCAAACGAUAAUGGACGACCUAAGUGA